AUGGCGUCCAUGCGGGAGAGCGACACGGGCCUGUGGCUGCACAACAAGCUGGGGGCCACGGACGAGCUGUGGGCGCCGCCCAGCAUCGCGUCCCUGCUCACGCCCGCAGUCAUCGACAACAUCCGCCUCUGCUUCCACGGCCUCUCGUCGGCCGUGAAACUCAAGCUGCUGCUCGGGACGCUGCACCUCCCGCGCCGCACGGUGGACGAGAUGAAAGGUGCCCUGACCGAGGUCAUCCAGCUGGCCACCCUGGACUCGGACCCCUGGGUGCUCAUGGUCGCCGACAUCCUCAAGUCCUUUCCAGACACGGGCUCACUCAACCUUGAUCUCGAGGAGCAGAAUCCCAACGUUCAAGAUAUUUUAGGAGAACUUAGAGAAAAGGUGACCGAGUGCGAGGCGUCCGCCAUGCUGCCACUGGAGUGCCGGUACCUGAAUAAGAGCGCCCUGACCACCCUGGCCGGCCCGCUCACCCCGCCGGUGAAGCACUUCCAGCUGAAGAGGAAGCCGAAGAGCGCCACGCUGAGGGCGGAGCUGCUGCAGAAGUCCACCGAGACUGCUCAGCAGCUGAAGAGGAGCGCGGGCGUGCCCUUCCACGCCAAGGGCCGGGGGCUGCUCCGCAAGAUGGACACCACAACCCCACUCAAAGGCAUCCCAAAGCAGGCGCCCUUCCGGAGCCCCACCACACCCAGCGUCUUCAGCCCUGCUGGGAACCGGACUCCUGUCCCACCCUCGAGGACGCCUCUGCGGAAGGAGAGGGGCGUGAAGCUGCUGGACAUUUCUGAACUGGACAUGGUUGGUGCCGGCCGAGAGGCAAAGAGGAGGAGGAAGACGCUGGCAGAUACAGAGGUGGUGGAAAAGCCAGCCAAGGAGGAGACGGUCAUUGAGAAUGCCACCCCCGACUACGCGGCUGGCCUGGUGUCCACGCAGAAACUCGGGGCUCUGAACAGCGAGCCUGCGCUGCCCUCCACAAGCUACCUGCCCGCCACACCCAGCGUGGUCCCUGCCUCGUCCUACAUCCCCAGCUCUGAGGCCCCAGCAGCCCCACCCUCCCGGGAAGCCAGCCUACAGGCCAGCCGGCCCCCUGAGGAGCCCAGCACCCCAGCCCCUGCCCUGCCGGCUCAGUUCAAACAGCGGGCGCCCAUGUACAACAGCAGCCUGAGCCCAGCCACGCCCACACCUGCACCUGCUGCGCCUGCCUCUCCCCUGACGCCCACCACACCCCCCGCCGCCACCCCUGCUGCCCAGGCACCGCCAGUGGCCAUGGUGGCCCCACAGGCCCAGCCCCCUGCCCAGCCACAACCCAAGAAGAACCUGUCCCUCACGAGAGAGCAGAUGUUUGCCGCGCAGGAGAUGUUCAAGACGGCCAACAAGGUCACGCGGCCCGAGAAGGCCCUCAUCCUGGGCUUCAUGGCUGGCUCCCGAGAGAACCCGUGCCAGGAGCAGGGCGACGUGAUCCAGAUCAAGCUCAGCGAGCACACCGAGGACCUGCCGAAGGCGGAUGGCCAGGGCAGCACCACCAUGCUGGUGGACACUGUGUUCGAGAUGAACUACGCCACGGGCCAGUGGACGCGGUUCAAGAAGUACAAGCCCAUGGCCAAUGUGUCUUAGGAGCUGCCACCCACCUCUGCGGGCCUGACGCCGGCUCGAGGGAUGGUGGCGCUGCGGUGUCACCGAGGGUCUGGCCUCUGGUGCCCUGCCGUGCUGCAGGCUGCUCACACUUUAGAUUCAGUUCUCCGGGGUGUUGUUUUUAAAUUUUAAUAUGGGUUACUUUUUGUGUGAUCUAAGACACUUUUUUGGAUUCAAUAUUACACUUUUGAAUGUUAAAGUUAACCAAAAAAGUUACAACUUCCUAGUUUUAGUGACAGCUCUGCCUGUUAGACUUUUACCUUUUUGAUUUUUCUUAAAUUCCGCUGGCCAUGGGGAGGGGCUCUCCCCACCCACGAGGCCAAGGGGACCAAAAACCGCCCGUAGGGCUGAGAACAGCUGCCCGCGCUGAGCCCCACCCCCUGCUGCAGGCCUCCGUUUGCCUUUUGGGUCGUGGUGAGCGCUGGCGAGCGGGCCUCCACCGCGGAGGGCGCCCCUGAGCCGUGUCUCAGGCCAGCGCGUGCCUGGGGUGGGGGCGGAGGCUGCAGCACCUCCCUCCUGACCACUUCACCUUUAAUGGGGAUUUGGAACCGACGUAUUUUUAAAAUUAAAAGACAGUUUUCCAAAA